AUGAGGAACGCCGUUGUUUAUCUUUCUGCUUUCUUAACAGCUCUUACUGGCGUUCAAGCUGGUAUCAAUUUGAACAGUCCACAGAAUGUUGCUAUCUACUGGGGUCAAAAUUCUAUGGGCACCCUUGACUCCACGGGUCAACAGAGACUAAGCUACUAUUGCACAAACUCUCAGGUAGAUUUCAAUGGUCCUGGCGGUUAUCCUGUGACCAACUUCGCCAACGCAGGAAACAACUGCACCACUUUUCCCGGGACUGGGCUUCUAGAUUGCCCUCAAAUGGCCCAGGACAUUGUGACCUGCCAGGGUCUCGGAAAGACUAUUCUCCUCUCCACCGGAGGCUCCACGUACAGUGAAGGUGGAUUUAGUAGUACAAGUGAAGCACUCCAAUUUGCAAAUCUUAUGUGGGAAGUUUUUGGACCAGUGUCCAGCAACAGCUCUGUUCUUCGUCCCUUUGGUACUGCUGUUGUUGACGGCUUUGAUUUUGACUUCGAGAAUCUCGUCAUGAACAAUAUGCCUACCUACGCCAAUCAAUUACGAAGUUUAUAUUCCACGGAUACGUCAAAGAAAUAUUACACGACUGCCGCUCCUCAGUGCGCUUAUCCAGAUCAGGCUGACAACCCCAUGUUGGCUGGCGCCGUAUACUUUGAUGCCAUCUUUGUUCAGUUCUACAACAACGCCUGUGGUCUGGUAUACUUCGAUCCAGGCUCUGCAACCCAGCGCUUCUUCAACUUUAACACUUGGGAUAACUGGGCCAAGACUGUCUCUCUGAACCGAAAUGUCAAAGUCUACAUGGGCGUUGAGGGUAACGUCGGAGCUGGCGCCGGCUAUGAACCACUCUCCAUCGUUGAUCCAGCUGUCACCUAUGUCUCCCAGUUUAGCUCCUUUGGUGGUGUUAUGAUGUGGGAUGCUAGCCAAGUCUGGUCCAACACAGGAUUCUUGUCUUCUGUCUACGGAACCUUACCUAGUGGCACCGGCGGCAGCACCACUACCACCACCACCUCUUCCUCCUCCUCCUCCUCCCCCUCCUCCUCCUCGUCGUCGUCUACAACAAAGACCACAUCAAUAUCGACCACACUUACUACGACCACGACAUCUUCAACUGCUACUUCUACCCCUACAGGCACUUGCCCCGUUGCUGGAGCUUCUUGCCCUACUAACGAUGUCUAUGCCUGUACUGGUAGUAACUUUGGUAUUUGCGAUCAUGGUGCAUGGGUUAUUGAGUCUUGUCCUGCUGGCGACGUCUGUGUCCAGUCAGGCACAGGUGUCUACUGCGCUGUAUCUGGCACCAGCCCAUCUGUCUGCUAG